GACCCAUAAAUAGCCCAAAGGCCGAAAGACAAAAACCCCAAACUACCCGCUACAUUGUAAUUCUGAUCACCCCGCGGAGAGUCAGUGACAGAGUAGGAGGAGAAUCGACGAGAAAAAAAUAGUGCUCUCCAAUGAAUACUUCUCUACUCAACGAAGCCUUGUUGUCCAACUCCUACGACAAGAUUGCGGAUAUUUGUGACAAUCUCAUGCUUCAGGGUGCUGCUGAGGGAAUCGAAUUUCAAGAUGAAUGGCCGUAUGCGAUUCACCUUCUAGGCCAUAUUUACAACAAUGACAUUAAUAGUGCACGAUUUCUGUGGAAGAAAAUACCUGCAGCCGUAAAGGAGGCCCGGCCGGAGGUGGUGGCAGUUUGGAGGAUUGGGCAGAAGCUUUGGACAAGGGACUAUGUCGGUGUGCACGAGGCUAUUCGUGAAUUCAGCUGGAGUCCUGAGGUUCAGCCCAUCGUGGCUUCCUUUGCAGAAUUAUACAAAAAAAGAAUGUUUGAGCUCCUGCUUUCUGCUUAUUCAACCAUUAGCACACAAGACUCAGCUCACUUCCUGGGAAUGAAUGAAAAUGAUGCUACAAACUAUGUGCUGCAACAGGGCUGGGUGUUGGAUUCGGCUUCUCAAAUGCUUACUGUGAAGAAACAGGCAGUUAUAACAGAACAGAAGUUAGACCCCAGUAAAUUACAGCGCUUGACUGAAUAUGUCUUCCAUCUGGAGCACUAAUCAGUUUGUUGGUUCCGGUAUUGGGUGUUUUUCUUACUCUAAAUGGUUGGAGAAAUUAGGUGUCAAAUUUUUAUAGCAACAGAUCUAAGAACGUAUUCGAUGAUUAUUAUCUCUCUUGAUAACUAUAUUUCCUACCAUGAAGUCGAGAAGAGUACAGUUUUUUUUGGAAAAUUUUCUUCGUUAAGGGGCAUUAGUAGAUA